AUGAGUCGACUCAAAUGUCACCUCCCAAUCCCCCUCCCGGCCCAGGCGUCACACGGCGUGGCCUCGGUAGAGGAGUAUAUAAUCAACGCGCGGGGGGUGGUUCUAUUCACCAAGGAAUGGCUUCCCGGAGACGGGCGGCUCAAGGGAGUGGUGGUGGGCUGCCAUGGGUACGGGGAAACGUGCACCUACAUCUUUGAAGACGUGGCAGUGCAGCUGGCGGGCAAGGGCUAUAUGAGGGCCAUGGGCUGUCAGCCGGCCGCCAUGGCUACAUCCACAGCUUCUCCUGCCUUGUGGAUGACGUGGUUGAAGUCGCCCGCCGUGCAAAAGCUGUUCUCUGUUCACACCCCUCCAUGUCCCCCCUUAGCAAGCCCCAGGUUCGGCCAUCUGCCCUUCUUUGUCUACGGCGAGUCCAUGGGAGGUGCUGUGGCCAUUCAAGUUGCCAAGGAGCUCACCCUCCCUGCACCACUGAUCUUUCCCUUCUCCUGCUUCGCACGCAUCUUUCCUACCUGGAAGCUCCUGCCCGUCAGCGGCAAACUUGACAAAUGCUUUAAGGUGCCUGAGAAGAGAGAGAGGGCCAACAACCACUCUUUUGCAUAUCAUGACCGGCUACGGCUAGGCACAUCGUUGCAGAUCUAUCAGACCACCCUGGACAUCUGCGCACACAUGGAAGAGGUGACGGUGCCCCUCCUGAUCCUGCAGGGAACAGAGGAUAAGGUCAUAGACAUGGCCGCCGUCCGCGACCUCUUCUUUUGA